CACUACUAUAUAACAAAUAAUUUGAGCAGUUAGCAAUUUCGUUAAAGGGGCUGACUCUGGUUUGGGGAGCUGAUGAUAACAUGGUUACCAUGGUUACUGACUUUACAAGUUAUAACAGUUCACUCUGUCACCCAACCUAACAUUGUAAUAAUGGUCGCUGAUGAUCUAGGUUGGGGGGAUGUGCCAUGGCACGACGCUUUAACGAUAGCCCCGACACUUAACUCCCUGGCAGAAACAGGGAUUAUACUGGACAGGCACUACGUUCAAUCCACUUGUACUCCUACGAGGGCAGCCCUGAUGACUGGGAAAUAUCCAAGCAGACUGGGACUCAACCAUGGCAACAUUUACUCUAACGAACCGUAUGGUCUCAUGGCAAACGAAACAUUAAUCCCUAACUACAUGAGUGAGCUAGGGUACUCUUGCCAUGCUGUAGGAAAGUGGCACCUAGGUUUUUGUUCCUGGGACCUGACUCCUGUUAAACGAGGGUUCGAUUCGUUCUACGGGUUCUACAAUGGACAAGAAAGUUAUUACAAUAAGACUACUCACAAUGGUUUCGAUUUCAGGUUGGAUACUCCUGGAGAUAAUGGAACUGUUAAUAGUGAGGUUCUUUGGUCUGCUAAAAGCACUUACUCUACUAUACUUUACGCUAACCGAGCUGCAAAGGUAGUACAUGACCACAAUCAAAGCAAACCUCUGUUUCUAUACCUGGCUAUGCAGAGCGUUCAUGGACCUAACGAAUUUCUUGAGAAACACUAUCAGAUGUACAAAGGAAUAGAGCUUAACUGUAAAAGAAGAAGGUUUCUAUCAAUGGUAACUGCUAUGGACGAUGCUGCUGAGGUGGUGGUGAAAGCUUUAAAACAGUCUGGAAUGUGGGAAAAUACGAUAUUUAUCUUCUUCAGUGACAACGGGGGAGCAGUGGGAAGUAAAGGAAUUGGUCAGGUGAACUACCCACUGAGAGGAGGUAAAGCCUCCUACUGGGAGGGAGGGAUCAGAUCUAGCUCCUUCAUCCACUCUCCCUUGAUUCCAGUUGGAUUGUAUAACAGGGAGAUGCUCCAUAUUACAGACUGGUUACCCACUCUUACCCACUUGGCUGCAUGUGGUCCAGAACCCACCAACCAUGAGUGUACAGGUCCUGACUUGGGAGACAUUGAUGGAGUUAACCAGUGGGAUGCGAUAAUUGGGGCAGCAAAGAGUAACAGAGCAGAGUUUCUUGUAAACAUCGACCCUAUUUCUAAGAACUCUGCUCUAAGAUGGGGACCUUGGAAGCUAUAUCACGGUAACCCCGGUAUAAGUGGAUGGAAACCUCCUCCCAGAGUUAACCGGGAUCUUUACGAAGACCAGAAUUAUCAGUACUACUUUCAAGGACCUCAUUCUAUUAUGCUGUUUGACGUUGAGGCAGACCCGGCAGAAAAAAAUGAAGUAUCAGAAGCUAAUCCCGAUAUUGCGACAACAAUGUUGAAGAGACUGAACUUUUAUCAAAACAGGACAAUCCCACCAAGGAAGCUUAAUAAAGAUCCAGCCUCGCACCCUGCCCUGUUCGGUGGAGUCUGGACCCCCUGGCUUGGAUCUUGCUAGUUCCUUUUAAUAUCUGCUCAUGUUAGUCGGUUCUGCACACACAUGUCAUUUUUAUAAGACUAUAACGAUGUAGAUUGUAGUUAUUAAUUAUUAUGAAGAUUUCAUCC